ACAUAAAACAAAAUCUUGCAAUAUUAUUCUUCGAUUGAGAAUUCAUGAAAUCCGACUGUGUAAAACUGUGAGUGUGACGUUUGUAGUGAUGUGCCAGUUGCGAUAACAAAUAGUGACUAUGCUUGAAGAACAUGGAACAGAUGAGAUGUGGAGCUCGGUGGAGAGCGGCGGCAGCAACGGGCGCGCCGUUCCGUGCGCGCGCGGCAAGCACUCGGCCACGCUGCUGGGCGGCCACGUCUACGUGCUGGGCGGGAGGGGCGCGGGGGGCGCGGUGCCGCUGCGGGACUUCUGGAGGUAUAGUCUUGCGACGGGCAAGUGGGAGAAGCUGGAAUGCCGCGGGGAGCCACCGCCGUCGCUGCAGGAGCACAGCGCGACGGCGCACGAGGCCAAGCUGUACGUGUUCGGCGGAGAGGCCGGCGCGCUCUCCAACGAGACGCCGCUCUGGAUAUACGAUACUGAGACUGGAAUUUGGCGCAAGCUGCCUGGGCAGUCGAACUAUUCAUCGACGCUGCGGCGGCGCGGGUCGCGAGAGCCCCGGGGCGCAGGGCUGGGCCCACGCGGUCGUAGGGGCCAUUCGGCGCACGCGCUGAAGGACUGCCUGCUUAUAUACGGAGGGUACAAGGACCUGAGGGGGUCCACGCAUGAGCUGUGGGCGUUUCAUUAUGAGUCGGAGUCGUGGCACCAGGUGCGCACGGCGGGCGCGGGCCCGGCGCGGCACCGGCACGCGGCGGCGCUGUACGACAACCGGCUGUACGUGCACGCCGGCCAGUGCGACCUGCGCGACUGCAGCGACCUCUGGUACUACGACACCAUGUCGCGCGUGUGGAGCCAGGUGCGCACGCCGGCGAAGCUGUCGCCGAGCGCGCGCAGCGGGCACGCGGGGCUGCGCGCCGGCGCACACCUCUACAUCUUCGGCGGCGAGACGCACGGACACUCCACUAACGAGCUCUGGAGGUUCCACUUCGCUACCGAAACCUGGGAACGGAUAAUCCAAAGUCUCAAAUGGCCCUCUCCCCGCGUGGACAGCUGCGCACUCCUGAUCCCGGCCGCGCCGCCGCGGGUGCGCUCGGCGCCCACCAACAGGAUGAACAGCAACCGCCACUCCCUGAACGCGAGGCCCGACCCUCCCGCCAGCCUACUCAAGGAGAUCUCCAAGUUAUCUUCCUUCCACAUUCGAAGAGCCGCACGUUGCUCGUACAGCGUGCUAGCCGGCGAGAGGGACUCCACAGAGAGCCUCGUCAGACAAGAGGCGGCAUUGUCCAAGUCUCACUCGGCUUACGUGAUCGACAAGCGACAACCUGCAGACGGAGGCGAGAGUCCGCGAGAAGGUGACGUCCCUGAGUUCAGAACAGAAAUGUCCCGUGAGCCAAUAUCCGUUCCUGAUUUCGCUGACAUGAUCCUCCCUACACCAGUGUUAUCGCCAGUAGAAGCUACGAAGUUGGUAUACCUCGAUUCAGAAGAAGAGGAAGACAUUAGACGAGAAAUAAAUAGUAUCAAGAAAAAAGAUGGCAUGUCGUCAGUCAAACUAGACGGCAAGGUCACUGUCGUUACGAUUCCAAAGUCGGCGUCGGUUAGGUUCACCAAAGACACGAUAAUAACCGACGAGGAAGACACAGAACUGUCUACUUCAGACUACGCGAGCGCGGAGCGGGUCAACCGAUUGUCGGGAAAUUCUCUAGGCUUUAGCAAUCCACAUUACUUAGGGCCUGACGUGCGGAACUUGGGAGCGGCUCUGACUCCCGACUCGGGCGUGGGGCCGGGCGACAUCGAGCUGCAGGACCUGAGCGAGCGGCGCGCCCGCAGCGUGCCGCGGACGGGCGACACGCAGCUGCACCUGCUGCUGGUGGGCGGCAAGGAGCCGCCGCACCUGGCGCUGCUGCAGAACCCGCUCUCCAUGUGGACGUACCGCCUGUUGUAAUAGUUUUAUCUUCUCAAUAGUAUAGAUCUUCGUCCAUUAGCGGAACUAGGCUCUUCCCGGGCGCAACGUAGCCGUCGGAUUUUUCAAUUAGAUUUAUUUUUGACUCUAAUGUUUAAGAAAGUGAUCUUUAUAAAUGAAAAUAAAUUUGAAAAUCAUAUGAAUGUGCUUUUCGAAUCGUUGACGUCCAAAUUAUUGAUGUAAAAAAGAUACUUAUGAGACUUUAGUUUAAGUAGUUACAAAGUGUACAUGUUCGCAUUCAUAAUUCUGAUAUUGGUACCAGUAACGCAGGAUCAAUAACUCCAGUCUAAAAAAGAAAAAUAUAGUUCCCUGAGCCGUGUUUAUAUAGGUUUACUUACCUACUUAUAAAGUGCGACGUUACCGAUGCCGUGAUUCCUAUUGUGUAGCUAAGUAGCCACUGUGGGUACAACGCGUGCCAAUAAAGUAUUCCUAAAUGUAACUGACGAUAUUAUUAUAAAGAAGCACAAACUAAGGCUGCAUUGUUGCUGUCUACAUGAAAUACUUUGGAACUCGAAAAUGUUGAAUAUUCCACUGAAUGGGCAGUGAUCAGUCAGAGAAGUAGCCCGUGAUCAGACCCCUAUACCUAAGUUUGUAAUACGCCCAUCGUUGUAAUUAGCCCACAUAGUUACCUAUGUUGCCGUGUUGUUAUUCAAUUUGUUGUAUUAAGUUUUUUAUUGUUAGACCAUGGGUUAUUUAUGACGCAUAUUUUUUUCUGUUUUCGCAUAUAUAGCUACCACUUUGUUUUAGACUUUAUGUAAGUACCUACCUAGUUGUUUUUUUAACUGGAAUCAUGAAUUCAAGAAAUGUCAACGUGUUCAAAUAAUAUGUAUAAUGUGGCGACAUUAUGAUUAUGUAGUUAAAAUAAUAUAGAAGAAAUACCAAACAGUUGUCAAAUCAGAGAUUAUUUCGCGGCUGGUUAUCGCAACUCACCCUUGAGCUGCCCGCCCUUUUUGUAGGACGUUCUGACUAGGAUAGGUGUGUUCAUGCAAUAUCCUGCGUGAGUCGUGUUGCAGUGCACAACCACCAGUCCACUACGAUGCUAAAUAUCUAUGAAAUGCCUAAACUGAUGAUUGAUUGGUCAAUUAUUACAAUUUGAAUGUACCUAGACAUUAAGGUAAUAAUCCGUUGUAAUAAUCCAUUUGCAGCAGUUUGCUAAAUGUGACCAUACUUUGUCUGACACGCAUUUAGCGUUCAUAACGUGACAGAAGUUUCUUAUUUCAUUUUAUCAAUUUGUAUAGCUCUUUUUAGGUCAGGCUACUGACUAGUGAAGUAACAGUCAGGCUAAGAAUUUGUCGUAUUCCAUUAAGUUUUAUAUUGAAUGUGAUAUUUUUUUUAUUCUAUAAAGGAUGACGAGGAUGUAAUUUGUUUAAGAUCAAUAUUUGUAGUAUAGUGAUCUGUACCAAUUUUUAUUUUUGGGAGGUGUGGUGGUGAAUUUUUGCUACAUACAUAUUACCUUUAGGUAUGUUUUGUUAGACCCGGUAAUGAAGUACCCGCGUCCACAUGAUCGCCUCUUAGCGACCGGCCAGUAGCUUAGCUGUACGUCUUCUAGACGUGCCUAGCGUUUGCUAAGACUGAGUAGUGUGUAGCGGUUACAUUGUGUUCUAAAAUUCUAAUUAUAUUUCUGAUAGACAAAACCCGGGCAGGUGCCUACAUUAUUUACAGAUUUACAUAAUUACAGAAAAGCUAAAAAAAUGUUUUUUUUUUUUUACAAAUUGCAUUAUAUAUUAAUUUAGAGGUUGUCUACAAACAUAAAUGGUUAUGUACAGCUGUAACGGACUACUUUAUAUUUAUUUUAUUGACAAUGUUAUAUUAAAUACCUAUAGUCUGUUUUUUAAUCUCGUAGACUAAAUUGACACUUGCAAAAUGUCAAACUUUCUAAUAAUUUUGCUAGCUCUGUGGUGCAGUGUUGUACUUACGAUACCGGUUCGUUGAAUCGUAUCUUUUUAUCUAUAAUAGACGAAUUUAAUAUUCAUUCAAAGUUUUAUAUUUAAAAUUCACGUACGUACACAUGGCUGUACGACGUGCUACAAACUGCCAGGGAUAUCUGACCACGCAAAGCCAAGCGUAAUCAUCAAGGAUAAGCCCAUUAUUUCAGGAUGUAUGUUAUUGUAAAAAGUUACGAUUCAACGAACCGGUAUCGUAAGUACAACACUGCACCACAGAGCUAGCAAAAUUAUUAGAAAGUUUGACAUUUUGCAAGUGUCAAUUUAGUCUACGAGAUUAAAAAACAGACUAUAUGUGCGUAUCUGAUCGGGUUCCACGUUCCCCGACAUGUUGUAAUCUGCUGCCAAUUUUAUAUGGAACUUGAUAUUAUUGUGAUUACGUGUUUCGAUCUUAGUAACUACAAUAUUGGAAAUGUUAUUAAAUGUAGUAAUGUCUUA